GAAUGCAAUCGAUGAACACAUCCGUCAUACGCCGCCAUUUGCGAAAGGUUGAUCGCUGCUCCGCAGCGCGAGUGUCAUCGUUUUGAUUAUGUCGAGUGUUUAAUUUGUUAUUUUCGAGAAAACUGUAAACUCAGUGCCGGUAUUUAACCAGUUAAAAUGAUUGUGAGAUUUUUGAGCGUUUUGUGCGUCGGAGUUUUGGUGGCUUCGGUGUACAGUGCCAAAGGAAACAACGACAAUGAAGACGUACCAUACUUGGAGCUCGAUGAGCCAGAAGAAGGCUACCAUGGGCUGAUCCGAGAGAACGAAACGCUGGUAGAGGUGACGCCUGCGAUCAGGGCUCGAGGACCAUUGUGCUCCUUCCUGAUACUCAACAACGAGUUUAAAGAGGCGCCCUUCGAGGUAAUGGUGAUAGACGAAAACGAAGCCCGUCUGCGCGUGCGCUACCUACUCAAUUGCGAGAGGCGGCGCUCCUACAAGUUCGACAUUGCCGCCGUCGGCUGCGAUGGCUCCUACUCCAACACUGUGCCCGUCCGCGUCAUAGUGACUGACGUGAAUGAGUACGCGCCAGUGUUCAACGAGGCCGCGUACGUGAAGGCGGUGGACGAGGGCCGCCUGUACGACGAGAUACUGCGCGUCGAGGCCAUGGACAGGGACUGCACGCCGCACUACGGAGACGUGUGCAAGUAUGAGAUACUCACCGACAGGAGCCAGCCGUUCACCAUCAACAAUGAAGGAGUUAUUCGUAAUACGGAACCAUUGGACUACGAGAAGUCCCACAGCCACAUACUGUCGGUCGUGGCGUACGACUGUGCGAUGAUGCAGUCCACACCGGUCAUGGUCACCAUCAAAGUGAAUAAGCCCUGCAGACCAGGCUGGAAAGGGCUAGCGGAGCGCGUGGACUACGCGCCGGGCACGGGCCCGCUGGCGCUGUUCCCGGCGGCGCGGCUGGAGGCCUGCACGUCGGACGAGCGCUGCCCCGGCGUCACGCGCAUCCAGGCCGCCGUCACGCUGCAGGCCUCGCACGCCGCCACCGGCUGCGACCGCGACACCUACUCGCUGCACUCGCAGCGCACCAUCUGCGGACUGGACCCGAAGACUGUCGACCUGCUGCCCAGCCCCGGAGCAGGCAACGAAUGGACCAAGUCGCUCAAACCUGACUCAGGUCGCGACGGCGAGCAGCUGUUCGAGUUCGACGGCGAAACGACGGCGGCCGUGGUGCCGGAGUCGCUGCUGCCACACCAGCUGGCCGGCACCUUUGCCAUCUCCACGUGGAUGCGGCACGCGCCGCCGCCCGACCACGACAAGCAUCGCAAGGAGCACAUCCUCUGCCUCGCCGAUGACCACAAAAUGAACCGCCACCACUACGCCCUGUUCGUGCGCAAUUGCCGCCUGAUCCUGCUGCUGCGACGUGACUUCGGAGACGGGGACCUCAAUAUCUUCCGACCAGCCGAGUGGCGUUGGAAGAUACCGGAGGUGUGCGACGAUGAAUGGCACCACUACGCGAUCAACGUACGCUUCCCGAAUGUGGAGCUGGUGGUGGACGGUGAGCCGUACCGCGGCGACGGUGGCGCCGGACCCGAGGUCAUCGACGACUGGCCCCUGCACCCCGCGCACGGCGUCAACACCACGCUUGUCGUCGGCGCCUGCUGGCAGGGUACUGAAAGCGACAUGAAGCACUACCUGCACGGGUGGCUGGCCGGGCUGGGCGUGGCGCACGCGCCGCAGCCGGCGGCCGCGCUGCGCUGCGUGGCGCGCUGCCGCGAGGGCCUGUCGCUGGCGCCGUCGCUGUACCUGCGCGCCGUGUCCGUGGAGGGCGACGGCGUGGCCGACGUCGAGACGCUGCUGCGCCGCGUCGCGUACGCGGACGGCCGGCCCGCGCCCACGCCGGGCCGCAGGAACGUGCACAUCGCCACCACCGUCACCUGCGACAACGGCCGCGUGCUGCACGCGCGCCCCGCCGACUCCUACGUCAUGGUGCUGCAGCCGCAGGUGCCAAGCGUGCUGCUGAACGGCACGGCGGACCUGGCGCGCGACUACGCGCACUUCCGCGCGGGGCUGCGCGUGUUCCCCGACGUGGCGGUGGCGGUGUCCGCGGGCGGGCCGGCCGCGCCGCGGCUGGACUCGUGCGUGGUGUCCGUGUACCCGGCGCUCAACCCCGACCACGAGGCGCUGGCGCUGCGGGCGGCCGCCGCGCUGCCGCGCCGCUACGACAUCCGCGCCGCCGUCAGCCGCGACGGCGUCAUCCUCUCCGGCGCAGACUCCGUGCACAACUACCAGAAGGUGCUCCGUGAAAUCGAAUACAGCAACAAGAAGCCAGCCUACUACCUGAACCGCGUGUUCAAACUCACCUGCUCGGAGCUCAACGGACGCUUCACCAGUAACGAGUACGUGCAGACGCUGACGGUGGUGCACCCGCACAUGUCCGGCGGCGAACUCGCCCGCGAGCUGAACCCCAGCGGCAUGGCCGACAAGAUGGACGCGGUUGCCAGGGACAAACAGGAGGAGCGGCCGCCGGUGGCCGUGGAGGAAGCGGCGGAAGGUGCUCACGGCGAAUUGGCGCCGCGCGUGUUCAAUGCGCACGCGCAGCGCUCGCAGCACGCGGCCGACGUGCCGCAGCCGCGCGUGCUGGACCUGCGCCCUGAACACAUGUGGACAGACCACGUGGCGCUGGUGAUCGGCGUGGUGUCGUGCGGCGCGGUGGUGGCGCUGGUGGCGGCGGGCGCGGCGCGCGCGCGCGGCCGGCGUGCCCGCCCCCGCGCCCCCCGCGCCCCGCCCGCCCCGCGGCCGCUGCGCGCGCCGCCCGCCGACGCCGAGAUGGCCUGGGACGACUCCGCGCUCACCAUCACCGUCAACCCCAUGGACGAGUCCGGAGGCGGCGAGGGCGGCGCGGCGCGGGCGGCGGCCGCGGCGGCCGACAGCUCCGACGCGGACUCCUGUUCCGACUCCGACUCCGACCACCACGACUCCUCCGACGACGAGGACGACGUGAUACCAGGCAAGCAGCACAAGUACAGAAACAUCAGUCAACUGGAGUGGGAUAACAGCACGAUGUAAUGCGCACGCGCACCCGCGGACUGUACUUAACUCCACCUCCACUAUCGCCCUACAUCACUCGCCCCACAACACCACACCCAGCGGAAACAUUCCGUUGACACGCUACAAUGGUACUCCGAAACCUAUGUACACGACGAACCUUUAUGUCCGCGUUACAAAAUAACCCUAUAAACGUGUAAGCACGUGUUUAUAAUAGUCUUUAAUGGCAUUCAAAAACCUGCGUAGAUGGCGGAGUAUAAUAUUCCCUCGUAUAAGGGUUUUAUUACGAAUGGCAAGCGUAACACCAUAGUCCUAAAAAAUGGCAAUGUAUGAAAGAUACCAUGAGAAUUCCAGAGUAUUCUAUUAUGUUCCCAGUCCUGUUCUCGUCUAUAGAUGAUGCAGUCACGUUUAUCACUUUCCAUCAGAUGGGCUUUUAGUUUGUCCUUUUAAAUAUCAUAAAAAAAAUGGACUAAUAUUAAUGUCGUGGAUUUUGUCAGAUUAAAAACCUAGGAAGUCGGUGCAAAAAUAAAGUGAAAUUUUAUCCGUCAUCUACGCAGUAACUUGUAUAGUUAAACACAGUGAAAACACAAAGUUAGUGAUAGAAUUAAAGAAAUAAACAUGUGAAAUUGUGAAUCUUUAAAACUAAAUCAAUAUACAGCAGGUAGCCAUUCUAUUACAGGAUUUAUUCUCGCCUUUUCCGGCUCGAAGGACCAUUGUUACAAUUGUCUUUUUACAAUUGAUCCCAGGAUUUUUAAAUAACACUUAAAUUAUAUAUUAUUAUAUACAUGUCGUUACCCGUUCGUAAAAUCAUCAAAAUGACGAUCCGUCAUUAGAUGUUUAAUAUUGCAUUUACAGAUAAAAAUUUAACUAUACUUCGUAUAUUUCAGAUGACGGAUAAACUUAUGACAGUUUUUACUACAAAAGAACUGACAAAUGAGACAUUUGACAUCGGAGUCAAUGUAAUAAUAAUUUAUAAUUUCUAACAAUCAAAUGUUCAGUCAAAUGUAUUAAAGCUUCGUAAGAGAUGUUAUUGCCAUCUGUGACUCACAGUACUAUACAUACGGAGUAUAUAGGUUGUAUCCUUUUUCCAUUCUAUACCCUAACCAUAAGAUGCGUGUUCAAAUAAACCUGUACUGCGAUUUUCAGUCGUAUUACUAUAGGUAUAAAGUAUACAUUGCAGCGUGUCAGUCGAUAUUCGUAAUAAGGAAUUGAUUUAUACCGCUGCGCGGCACGACCGCCGCCGUCGUGAGGCGACGCUUGCACACGAAGCUCCUCCCCGGGCACGCUCCGUACGGUACGUGGUAACCGAGUGUGGAACAACGUUAUCCGGCUCGAAGGACUAUUUUCAGUGAUACAAUGUCAUAGAAAAUGUUUUUGUUAAUGUACAAAUUGUUGCAAGUGUUUUGGACAAACAUUCGUAAAAGAAUUGAUGAUCUUAGUCAAUAAACAAAUUGAAACAAGAUUUUAGUAAAAUAAUUACUUUGUGUGACGUCAUCAGAGUUGUAAAUAAUGGCAGUUGUUAAUUAUAGCCUGGAAGUAAUGGGCUUAAAAUUAAAUUCUUUAGAAAAAAAAGAAUAAACACUUAGAAAAUUAAACUCUGACCUGCUCAUUUUGAUUUUAGAGUUGUACUUGAGCGACGUACCUGUCUUAUCACGAGUUAAUGGAAAUCAUAUGCAAUUUGAACGUUUUACUGACGAUGUGACAAUUUGUAAUAAAGAAUGAAAACCCAUACGAUUCUUAAUCGAUAAUGUAUUUUAUCGUAAUGAAAUAACGUUCAAAAUUGAAUAGCAACAAGUAAGAGACUGUUUUUAAGUUUACUAAUAAUUGAUUAAGAUAUAUGUAGCCUUACAAAUAAUAUAAAUUCCAUAUAAAAUGUAGCUGCACACACACACACACACACGGUCGGAGCGUGCACGGGACACAUUUUAUUUCUAGAUUUAUUGUAAGGUCUCAAAAUUGAUCAUAUCAAAAACUUUAUACGUAAACGAAUAUUGUUUGUCCUCGCUUGCUUUCGUAGAACGAUAUCGUUGUUCUAAUAGGGAUCGCUCUUGACUUUUCUAUUCGUUUGUAAUAUUACUGUAUGUACUAGCUCUUGUUGUAAUUUCGUAUGGACUCGGUUAAUAUAAGGUAGUGUAAGCGUCAAAUACUAUAAUAUUGUAUAUUGAACACUAAGUGACAUAUGCUUCAAUGAUACUCCACUUGCUAAGCACAAAUUUUUCCUAAAACAAUCGCCACCACGUGGCGCCACCUGCGUAUAUUAAGUUCUAUGAUCUGUGGCCCGUUUGGCGCCAUUUUGACGUACAGUUUUGAGUUCAGUACAAAUAGAGCAUUUGACCGCAUUUAUUUGAUCCGGUACAGUGUACCAUUUCAAUUAGUAACGUUUUGUCUCACGACAAGAUGUGUCCAACUUCUACCCUUACGAGCUUCUCAUACAAAAUCGGCUUAAAUGUAUAUUAGGCACAGAGUUAUUUGAAAAAAAAAAUAUAGAUGUACGAUAAUUAUACACAUUAUACAGAUGGUAUCGUUUAGAAUCAGCUACUAUAAACUAUAUUAUAUUAUAUAUAUAUAUAUUUUGAAUGCGUUAAGGAAUUUUUACUAACAAUUAGGUUAAGGCAAAGCCGCGAGCACAGUCGGCCGUAGGCGUAACUAGUUAGGUUUUAUUUCAUCUGUCGGCCGUUCAGCUAGCAGGCGGCGGUGUGCCGUCUCGCUCGCACCGCGGCGCACACGCAUAUCGCCGUCUCCGUCGGGAGGUUGCAUAUCAUGGAUCGUUUGCCAUAUUAGUAUAGAGUAUGUGUAAGUGACUGUGACCACUGACUGUACAAUCAUUAAGCAAUCGUUGUGAACAUAAUCAUUGAUGUAUUCCGUCUCUAGUUGACGUGUCGUGUGUUGUUCGUUUCCGUCACUUUCACUGUCAGCGCCCUCUGUCGGACCGCCAGUGUCGUUGCACAAAUGUUCGUAAUCUAUGCUCGUCGGCGGUCGCUCUGACAGCUGUCAAACUGACAGGAGAGGCGAAGGUGUCGUGCUGUACAGCCUCGACUCUGUCAGUGUGGCCGUUGUCGAAGAGUCCACGAAUGAAGGUGAGUUUAUGUGUUUAGGAAGUUACUAAGAAGUUAAUCGAACGUUUCUUUGCUGUUAUAAUAUAAUUGUGAACAAGGCAGUGCCACUGCAAUCCAACGAAUGUAAUUCUUCGCCGGAUUCCUGAACACAAACUCGCUGUUAUUAAGUUUUUCUAUUAUGUAACAUAUUAUAAUUAUUUUACCUGUUGAGCACUGUGUGUAUUGCGACGGACGGAGAAUGAGCUCGGCCCAUUUACGUGUAUCACCAUUCGUUCAUUCCAUCACGAAUGAAGCGAGCUGUCAAAGGAUUUUAUUCUCUACCCAUGUGGCAUAAAGGCUUAUUUUUAGUCGUCGCGCGUGCACGCUCUUUACCCGUCGCAAUAUAUAUUUCACUCGACUACCGUCCAAUUCCAUUUACCUGCUUUUUAUAUUUUACAAUGUGACUAUUCCUCAUUUUAUGACCGGACGUGGCUCAAAACGCGCACAAAUGCGUUUGGCAUUUGAUUGUAAACCGUCGUACGCCGAGUAUUAUGUGAGGUAGCUAUUUUUUUUUUCUGUAUUACAUUUUAUCGUUUUUACAUUUAUUUUGUAUUGUCGCGGUAUUAUUACAGUAUACUUAUAGAACUUCUUUGAUGUAUGAAUUAUUAUAUUUUAGCUAAAAAUAAAGUUGGUUUAAAAUACGA